AACUCUAUCAGGGAAGUACCACCAUUAUUGUGCAUGUCUUUGUGGAUCCGCACAGACAUGUUGUUUCCCCUAAACUAAUACUGAAGAGAAAUAGUUGUCGGUUAUUCCAUCUGCUGGUGUGAGUAUUUGACCCAACAUUACGCACAGCGCAGUUCAUCUGAGGUCGCAAGAUGUCCCGAGGCUCCAACGCAGGUUUCGACCGACACAUCACCAUAUUUUCACCGGAGGGCCGCCUCUACCAAGUCGAAUAUGCCUUCAAGGCCAUCUCUCAGAGCGGCUUGACGUCAGUCGGUGUCCGGGGGGCAGACAGUGUGGUGGUGGUCACACAGAAGAAAGUACCUGACAAGCUGCUGGACUCCUCGACUGUGACCAACAUGUUCAAACUGACCCCUCGCAUAGGCUGUGUCAUGACUGGACACAAUGCUGAUAGUCGUUCCCAAGUUCACCGGGCCCGAGUGGAAGCAGGAGAAUGGAAAUAUAAGUUUGGUUAUGACAUUAAUGCUGAUGUGUUAUGUCGGAGAUUGGCUGAUAUUUCCCAGGUCUACACGCAAAAUGCUGAAAUGAGACCUCUUGGCUGUUGUAUGAUCCUGGUGGCUAUAGACCCCCAGCAGGGCCCCGUCCUCUAUAAAUGUGACCCGGCAGGCUACUACUGCGGCUUCAGAGCCACAGCAGUCGGUGCCAAACAGACUGAGGCCAACGGCUAUCUGGAGAAGAAACUGAAGAAGAAGCCUGACCUGUCCCAUGAGCGCACAGUACAGUUGGCAAUAUCCUGUCUGUCCUCUGUGCUGUCUCUGGACUUCAAGGCCAGUGAGCUGGAGGUUGGCGUGGUCACCAAAGAUAAACCUAAAUUCAGAACGCUGUCAGAGGCAGAGAUUGAAACUCACCUGGUUGCCAUAGCAGAGCGGGAGUAAAGGUGCCCUCACAGAUGCCAGACCACUCUACAUCACAGUGUUUCUUUUUGUGUUUGCUUGGCUUAGCUUUUUAAUCAAGCAUACCUGAAGAGGAGACACUGUUGAAGUAAAGGAUCACUGUAGGCUUUAGUGAACCAUGCAUUUUCAAUGGUAUUUUUUAUUCAAUACUCCAACAACCAUAGCUCACUGUAACAAGGUCUAACAUCCAGUCUGGGAUAUUAUUAAUGUUAAUCAGUGAACAUUAUCCAUUGUUCAUCUGACUCAUUGUCCAAAAAACAUCUCCUAAUAAUAAAACAGUGCUGAAAAGA